ACGACGUACCAUGGGCAUUUAUAACACACGCCUCGAAGCAGCGCUUCAAAACAUCGUCGGUUGUCUUAGUGGAGCGGCUGCAGGCUUGUGAAUCCUAAGAGGCUUCGUUUCAUUUCCAGAGCGUGUAGCUAAUUUUUGCCUCGUCAUGCACGGCCGCAUCCCAGUUUUAUUCAUUUUUCUGCACGGAGUUCAGCUCCUGCUUUCGGCUCCUGUACAGAACUCAACGGAGUCGGGGGCACCCUGGUUUUGCCGUGACCUCGAAUGUCCAGCGUACGUCGUGGUCAAGAGUUACGAGAAUUUUGAAGAACGGAGAUACGAGGCAUCUCGCUGGAUGACAACGGAGCUUGAAGGGUCCUAUACGCGUGCUGUAUACUUGGGUUUCAUGCGUCUUUUUUGGUACAUCAAUGGAAAUAAUGCAGUUGGUGAGAAGAUCCCAAUGACUACUCCAGUUAUUACUCGGGUAGCUCCAACGACAGAUGGGAAACACUUAACGAAUGUGUCUGUGGCUUUCUUUGUGUCCCCACAAGUGGCAGAUCCACCUAAACCAAAUGAUGAGUCAAUCCAUUUGUCAAGCUUCUCGGCAGGAAAUUUUUAUGUUCGCUCUUUUGGAGGUUUUGCUCUGGAGCAAGACUAUAUCAAGAACAUCAAAGCUCUCGUGGAGGAUCUGAAGGUGGCUGGGCUGCCCUUUGAUGAUCAACAUUAUAUCAUUGCUGGAUAUGACCCUCCUUUUAGGUUCAUUAACAGACACAAUGAAGUCUGGCUUUCUUCUGCUUGAAGCUGCUGCUGAGUUGUUCGUUUGCAAAAUAAAAAGCAAUUCAAAAUGAUCUUCCUUGUAACUGGUCAGAGUUUUUAACUUUAAUCUUUUAAUAUAAUUCUGUACUAGUUUUCAAGUGCACUUAUUGUACAAUGUAUGCAAUUGCAUAGAGAUUUGGAGAGAUUGUGUUUUUCUUGUGAUUAGUUACAAGACUUUCCAAUGCAUCCUUGCUUUCUGCAGUAAAGAAACUGUUAUAAAUUGCCAUGCCUCACAAAUGGCUGUGUGUGGGUUUGUGUUUAUGCAAUUGUGUAGGGCCUGCUGCUGUUUCAAAUGAUAAAAAUGCAUGUAGGAUAACAGGACAUGUAAACCUUCAAGUAGAAUUUUCUCAUAAUCUGUUAACUAUCACUUAAAUGCAUAUUGGUCAUUACCUUAGUUUGAGUAAGUCGUCAAAUGUAUGACACAUUA